AUGGCUUCUAUUCUCAAGUUGCAAGUCAUUACCGGUGCAUAUAAUGAAGGAGCUUUGGCUUAUCUUUUACAAACAGACGAUUUUCGAUUUUUACUUGAUUGUGGUUGGGAUGAAAAUUUUUCUCCAGAAAUCAUCGAAGAAUAUAAACGUCAUAUUAAAUCAAUUGAUGCUGUAUUAAUUACGUAUCCCGAUAUCUAUCAUCUUGGUGCAUUGCCUUAUCUUGUUGGACACUGCGGUUUGAAAUGUCCAGUUUAUGCAACAAUUCCAGUCUACAAAAUGGGUCAAAUGUUCAUGUAUGAUCUACAUCAAAGUCGUUCGAAUAGUGAAGAUUUUACAUUAUUUACACUUGAUCACGUUGAUGCUGCAUUCGAUCUUUUUGUUCAAAUGAAAUAUGAUCAAUCAAUUCAACUUGAAGGAAACGGACAAGGUUUAACGAUAACACCGUUACCAGCUGGCCAUAUGAUUGGUGGAGCUAUAUGGAAAAUUUCGAAAGAAGGCGAAGAAGAAAUUGUCUAUGCAGUUGAUUAUAAUCAUAAAAAAGAACGACAUUUGAAUAGUUCAAAUCUGACGAAAAUUAUUCGACCUACAUUGCUAAUUACAGAUGCCUUGAAUACAAAAUAUUCUCAAGGACAACGAAAAACAAAAGAUGCUCAAUUGUUGACAACUAUUUUGGAAACAAUGCGACGCGAUGGAAAUGUUUUAAUUUGUGUUGAUACGGCCGGUCGUGUUCUUGAAUUAGCUCUUCUCUUAGAACAAUUAUGGCGAAAUGAGCAAUCUGGUUUAUUCGCGUAUUCAUUAGCUCUAUUGAAUAAUUUUAGCUAUCAAGUAAUCGAAUUUGCACGCUCACAAGUCGAAUGGAUGUCAGAAAAAAUAGUUCGACAAUUUGAAGAAAAUCGUGCUAAUCCAUUUCAUUUACGAUAUGUUAAAUUGUGUCAUGACCUUAGUGAAUUGGACAAAAUUCGUGCACCAAAAGUUGUAUUAGCUAGUCAACCUGAUUUAGAAUCUGGUUUUGCUCGAGAUUUAUUUAUUCAAUGGGUUGAAAACGAUAAAAAUAGUAUUAUAUUAACAACACGAACAUGCCCAGGAACAUUAGCAAGAGAACUAAUUGAUAAACCAAAUCUGACAUCGAUCGAAGUUGAAGUACGUCGUAAAGUUCCACUCGAAGGUGCUGAAUUAGAAGAAUAUAUGGAACGACAGCGAGUUCUCAACGAAGAAAAUGCUGCCAAAGCUCAAGCAGAAAAGAAAAAAGCUCGUAAAUUAUCUAAACGUUCGGUUGAUGACGAAAUACGAAUUGAGGUUGAUGUUGCUGCUGAUGAUUUUGCAGAAGAAGAAGAUGACGACGACGAUGACGAUGAUGAAAAUCAAGCGAAUAAUAAAUCAAAGUCAUCCGUAGCUGAUACUAUAAUCGAUACUGGUCUUCCUGAUGAUGUUAAAGCAAGUCCAUUACUUACGCCAUCGGCAAAUCGUCUUGCAACUCUAUCUCCAUUUGCGCCAAAACGUAAAGGAUUCGCUAUGUUUCCAUAUAAAGAAGAAAAAUAUGCUUGCGAUGAUUAUGGCGAAAUCAUUAAUCCAAAUGACUACAUGAUUAUUGAAACCAAACCAUCAGUAGCAAGUGAUUUUUCACCGAUGAAUUUCGGCGAUUCCGAUGAACGACAUCCAUCAAGUGAAUUAAUGGAUAUAACAAAUAGCACGAAUUUAGCACCAGAUAUGAUGGCAAUGAUGAUUCAACAGGCAUCAGGCGUUCUACCAAAUAAUCCAUCGCAACAUCCAUUAAUUCAACAAGUUCAACAUCAACCAUCUUCGAUACCCUACAAAACUAUACGUGAUAAGCGCGAAUUAAAAAUAAAUGCUAAAGUCAUAUAUGUAGAUUUUGAAGCACGCAGUGAUCGAGAGUCAAUUGAAAAAUUACUAAAUCAAAUUAAACCAAAAAAUUUAAUAUUCAUUCAUGGUACACAAGAUUGUAUUGAACAAUUAGAAAAGUAUUGCACAGUAAAACAAAUUGUCCAAGGAAGAAUAUUUUCACCGAGAGUCGGAGAAAUCGUUGAUGCAACAACCGAAAGAAAUCUUUAUCAGAUUAAACUCAAAGAUAGUUUACUUAGUUCUAUUACAUUUUCAAAAACACGUGAUGUUGAUGUUGCUUGGGUCGAUGGUGUUAUCAGUCAUGGUGGGCCACCACCUGCAACGCCACUUGGAACAACAACAUUUACCACUGUUGGUCAAGCUAAUACGGAAUGGUAUUUAAAUCCUGUAUCACGUGAAGUUAAAGAUCAGAUGCCACCUCAUCCGUGUGUAUUUGUGAAUGAACCAAAGUUACUCAAUCUUAAAAUGAUUCUUAUUCAACAGCAUGGGCUUAAAGCUGAAUUUGUCGGCGGAGUUCUAACUUGUGAAGAUACAGUGGCUAUUAAACGAAAUGAAACAGGUAAAAUAAUUCUCGAAGGUGCUCUAUCCGAUACGUAUUACAAAGUUCGACGAAUCUUAUAUGAUCAAUAUGCGAUAUUGUAA